UUACUGUUCAACUGGCUGAGUAUAUAAAAGAUCACAGCACCUACUAGUUUGGCAGAACUACUGCUUUUCUUUAUGUGUGAGACACUGUAUAGGAGCUCAUGUGUUUCACCCCCCAGUGUAUGCAACACGGAAAUGGCUUGCAUAUCUGAACAGUUAGGAAAAUGUCACUGUAACAGAGAUCCAGUCAACAGUAUUCUUUUUCAAAUGCUCAACAAAGGGAUUCAUUCAGACACUAAGAGCCCACAUGAGAACCGCAGUCACAUCUGUUCCUUGGCUAGAGAAUGCCCUUGUGAAGGCAACAGGAGAGUUUCCCUGAAGAACCCUGAAGUGACUUGCAAGAAAGCAUCAGAAGUAUUACUUAAAACUGUGGCAUUCAUUAGAAAUGUACCAUCCUUCUAUCAACUGCCCCAAGAGGAUCAGAUUCUUCUUGUACAGAACUGCUGGGCUCCACUUUUUGUUUUGGGUCUCGCUCAGGAAAGAGUGCAUUUUGAACUACAAGAACAUUCUGUUCCCAGUCUGCUAAAAGAAAUUCUCCUAAAUCAGUAUGUGAAUGUCAGUGACAUUGCACUGAGAUCUGACAGAGGAGUUCCAUCAUUAGAAGUACAAAGAAUUCAGAAGUUUUUAUACAGACUCUGGAACUUAGACAUCAGCACAAAGGAAUAUGCCUACCUCAAAGGGAUGCUUCUGUUCAACCCAGAUGUUAGUGGUAUGACAUUCCCUCACUAUGUUCACACUCUGCAGCUGGAAGCCCAGCAUACACUUCUGGAAUUCACUUCAAUGAUGCACAGCCAGAGCCUUGCUCGCUUCAACUGGAUGCGCCAAGCACUCAACACUGUAAAAGAAGUUAACCCCUCAGUUAUCACAAAACUCUUUUUCAGUCCUAUCUCUGGAGAGAUAGAUGUCGAAGAACUGUUGCUGGAAACAUUAUUUGUGAAAUAGAACAGCCUGCUGUUAUGUCAGGAAUAAAUGUCUCCAGAAUUGCAAAAGCAAGUUGUAUCUUGAGAAGUGGAAACCAUAUUAACUUGAAUAUCGCUUGAAAGAGAACGCUGUAAUAAAACUUUUCCCUAAUGCCCCUUUAGAGUUGACAUACAGUGAAACAGCACUUCCAGAAUCAUACUGUGACAUCACUCCAUGAGCUAAUAAAAUGGCACUUACAUAGGAAGAAAUGCUUUCAGCACAGUGGUCCCAGUUAUUAUUAUUACAUCUUGAUUAUUCUACAGUACACAUGCAAUAGUAGACCUCUCCUGUUAAUAGGGAUGCACUAAAUCCACUAUUUGGGAUUUGGCCAAAUCCUUGGUGAAAGAUUCGCCAAAUAGCGAACG